UAUGUAUGUUACAAAGAGAGCCAGAGGACAGCGUUAAACCAGGAUGCCUGAACCAACUAAAAAGACAGCGUCUGCGUUCACUAAGAAACCAAAGACCCAGACGGCUGCUCUGGGCUCCGCGGCCGUGUUCGAGGCAGAGACGGAGAAACCAGACGCCAAGGUGCGCUGGCAACGAGACGGCAAGGACAUCGCCGCUGGCGACAAGUAUGACAUCACAGCGGAGGCGGGGAAGCACUCUUUCACCAUAAAGGACGUGGCAAAAGAGGACGCAGCGGGCUACUGCGUCAUUGCCGCCGCCUCGAAGGUCAAAUUUGAGCUCAAGGUCAAAGAGCCAGAGCCAGAGCCAGAGCCGGAAGCGGUGAAGAAGGCAAAGGCUCCUGCAGAGCCUGUUCCUGCCCCAGCAGAGCCCGCCCCUGCUGAAGCCCCAGCCAAUGGAGAAGCCCCUGCUGAUGCAGCACCGCCCCCUGCUGAAGCCCCAGCAAAUGGGGAAGCCUCUGCUGAUGCAGCCCCUCCUCCUGCUGAAGCCCCAGCCAAUGCGGAGGCUGCCCCGCCUGAGGCACCUGCUGCCGACGCGCCGCCUGCUGCACCCACACCUGACCCCGCUGUUGACCGGCGUAUGUCCGUGGACACUCGUCAGGACCUGACCGGACUCUUCACAGAGAAGCCGCAGAGUGGAGAUGUCACCGUGGGCGAGAACAUCAUCUUUGUGGCCAAGGUGUGUGCUGAGUCUCUGCUGAAGAAGCCCACAGUCAAGUGGUUCAAGGGCAAGUGGAUGGACCUGGCCGCCAAGUCAGGAAAACACCUGCAGCUGAAGGAGCAGUACGACCGCAAUACCAAGAUGUACACUUUUGAGAUGCACAUCAUCGGUGCCAAGGCCAACUUCGCAGGGGGUUACAGGUGUGAGGUGUCGUCCAGGGACAAGUUCGACAGCUGCAACUUCGACCUGACUGUACACGAGGCGCGCGCACCCGAGGAGUUUGACAUCCGUGCUGCUUUCAGACGCACUAGCGUAGAUGGUGGAGAGGACUCUGGAGAACUGGACUUCAGUGCCCUGCUCAAGAAGAGGGACAGUCUAAAGGUCCAGAGCAGCGAUCAGAACCUGGACGUGUGGGACAUCCUCUCCAAGGCCCCGGUCACAGACUACGAGAAGAUAGCCUUCCAAUACGGCAUCACUGACCUGAGGGGCAUGCUCAAACGCCUCAAGAAGAUGAAGAAACCAGAAGAGAAGAAGAGCGCAGCCUUCCUGAAGAAGCUGGACCCUGCCUAUCAGGUGGAGAAGGGCCACAAGAUCAAGAUAGCUGUGGAGGUGGCCGACGAAAACACUGAAGUCAAAUGGCUGAAGAAUGGCCAGCCCAUCGCGCCAUCCGGCAGUAAGUACAUUUUUGAGAGUGUGGGUAACAUGCGCUACCUGACCAUAAAGAACUGCUCCCUGGCUGAUGACGCUGCCUACACCUGCGUAGUCGGAGAGGAGAAGAGUGUCACAGAGCUCUUUGUCAAAGAGCCUCCCGUGACUAUUCUGCAGAAUCUGGAGGAUCAGCAGUGCAUGAAGGGGGAGAGAGUGGAGUUCAUGUGCGAGGUGUCUGAGGAGGGAGCACACGUCAAAUGGGAGAAAGAUGGCGUGGAGUUGACGCGUGACGAGUCGUUUAAGUAUCGCUUCAAGAAGGACGGCCAUAAGCAUUACCUCAUCAUCAACGAGGCCACCAAGGAGGACUGCGGCAACUACAGAGUCAAGACCAAUGGAGGGGAGUCAGUGGCCGAGCUUAUGGUGGAAGAAAAAGAGCUGGAAGUGUACCAGAACAUUGCUGAUCUGACGGUGAAGGCUAAAGACCAGGCGGUGUUCAAGUGUGAGGUGUCUGAUGAGAACGUGAAGGGAAUCUGGUACAAGAACGGGGUAGAGGUCAAGGCAGACGCACGCACAAACAUCACACACAUCGGCAGGAUCCAUAAGUUGACAAUUGAUGACGUGAAGCCGGAGGAUCAGGGAGACUACACCUUCGUUCCAGAGGGCUACGCCUUCAACCUCUCAGCCAAGCUCAACUUCCUUGAGGUCAAGAUUGACUAUGUUCCCCGCCAGGAUCCUCCCAAGAUCCACCUGGACACCUCGGCUGGCUCCACUCCGGAGUCCACCAUUGUAGUCGUCGCCGGCAACAAGCUCCGCCUGGACGUGCCAAUCACUGGAGACCCCGCCCCCACGGUGGUCUGGACCAAAGGGGAGAAGGUGAUCUCGGAGGCGGAUGGGCGUGUGCACGUGGAGAGCACCAAGGGCCACUGCAUCUUCACCAUCGAGGGGGCGGAGCGUCAGGACGAGGGCACGUACUCUGUCAUCGUUCGGAACCCCGCCGGAGAGGACAAGGCCGACAUCGUUGUCAAGGUCGUAGAUGUGCCCGAUCCCCCCCAGGCUCCCAGGAUCCUCAGCGUGGGCGAGGAUUCCUGCGUGGUCGAAUGGGAUGCCCCGCUCUUCGAUGGAGGCUCCCCUGUUAUUGGCUAUGUUCUGGAGCGUAAGAAGAAGAAGAGUUUCCGCUGGAUGCGUUUGAACUAUGAUCCCCAUAAGGAGACGACCUACACUGCGCGCCGCAUGAUUGAGGGCAUGACCUACGAGAUCCGCGUCUACGCUGUCAACGCCAUCGGAAUGUCCCGCCACAGCGCACCCUCACAACCCUUCAUACCCAUUGCCCCCACUAGUGAGCCCAUGGCUCUGAUGGUGGAUGACAUCAGUGACACCACCAUCUCCCUGAAGUGGAAAGCCCCGGAGAGGCUGGGCACCGCCGACCUGGACGGAUAUGGAGUGGAGUACUGCAAAGAAGGAACUGACGAGUGGGUGCCGGCGUUCGAGGGUCUGACUGACCGCACGUCGGUCACCAUCCGAGACCUGCCCACCGGGGAGAGGAUGCAGUUCAGGGUGAAGGCCUACAACCUGGCCGGACCCAGCGCCCCCGCCUCCCUAGGGCAGCCCGUGACCAUCCGCGAGAUCAUGCAGCGCCCCAAGAUCUGGAUCCCCCGGCACCUGAAGCAGACACUGGUCAAGAAGGUCGGGGAGACCAUCAACCUGGUCAUCCCCUUCCAGGGCAAACCUAAACCCAAGGUGACGUGGACUAAGGACGGCGAGGAGCUGGACCAGAAGACGGUGAGCAUCCGCAACAGCGAGGUGGACAGCAUCCUCUUCAUACGCCGCGCGGACCGCAAGGACUCGGGCAAGUACGCCAUCAAACUGCAGAUCGAGAACGUGGAGGACGAGGCUGACAUCUCCAUGCAGAUCGUCGAUCUGCCAGGUGAGCCUCAGGAUAUUAAGAUCAUGGACGCAUGGGGCUUCAACGUGGCUCUGGAGUGGAAGCCUCCUAAGGACAACGGCAACUGUGACAUCACUGGAUACACCAUCCAGAAAGCAGACAAGAAAACUAUGGAGUGGUACACGGUGUAUGACCAGUACCGGCGUACCAACUGCGUGGUGUCGGACCUCAUCAUGGGUAACGAGUACAUAUUCCGGGCCUACGCCAUCAACAUGGUGGGCAUCAGCCUAGAGCCCUGCACAUCGAAAGACAGUGCUUUCAUACAGAAACCAGGUUUUGUGUAUAAGCCGCCCUCCUAUAAGGACCACGACUUCUCGGAGGCCCCCAAGUUCACGCACCCCCUGGUCAACCGCUCCGUCAUCUCCGGCUACAACGCCACCCUCAGCUGCGCCGUUAGGGGCAUCCCCAAGCCCAAGAUCACCUGGUACAAGAACAAGAUGGACAUCUCCAGCGAGGCCAAGUACCGCACCUUCAGCAGGCAGGGCGUGCUGACGCUGGAGAUACGUAAGCCCUGCCCCUUCGACGGGGGCGUGUACAUGUGCAAGGCGGUCAACGCCAGCGGAGAGGACGUGGUGGAGUGCAAGCUCGAGGUCCGCCCCCAGCCAAAGGAGGGUGAGCAAAAGAAGUGAGACGUCUCCAGUUAUUCCCCAGCCCAUUGGACAGGACAGUCGUCGCCCCCGGAUACCCCUUCUCCCGCCCCUCCUGGUCACUCUUCUGCCCCCUGAGUGGUUGCUCGGAAGUCAUGUAAAUCUACAUGAAGGAUUUGAUUGGCUGUCAGCAAGAUCACCCCUACCCCACACCCCACAUUGCUGCAGUAUGUUUUCCCGACGUUGAUUAAGACUAGUCCCGUGUAUCUUUUCUCCCAUCGGAACCUAUAUCAUGGUACGACUACGACUAGACUUAAUCUACGUGCGGUAAACUGGCCUAAUUUACGUAUGUGUUUCAGCUCAAUAUUGUGUAUGGCAUUUAAUAUAGUGCUAGUCUUAGUCUCCUGGUUAAACUCACUCAUCCAUCAUUAAAACAUCCACUACCAUUUCA